CGGCGCAUUGCAUUGUGGACGGGGCCUUGGUCGCGUUACUAUCCGCUUGAGUUGGUUUAAGGACUUGUAUUAAUAAUAGACUGACUAGAAAAGGAUGUAAAUUACAGCUGUCCGAUAAAACAAACAGUUGCCUAUUACGGUCCCGCGUAUCAAGUCAUAGCGUCAUUUUCAUGCCGAUCACACUCGUUUCAGUUAGUUUUGCACGAGGACUCACGAGCACUCGUGAAGAAACACUGGAAAAAGGCAACUCGAAAAUGGCCUGUUGUGGUUUUGUGCUACGCGACAAUUACAUACUGAGCAUAAAUAUGCAGAUUUGUUUUUAAAGUGCAUAAAAGAAGUUUUUCAUUUGCAUCUGAAUGGAGUCAGUAUAUCAAACAAAUCUCGGCAGUGAUAACCACGAUUGUUCUUCAGAGUGUUCAGUGCUUAAGCUGGGCAAAGUAAGAAGGAAACUGCGGGAUCCUCACGGAAGAUGUCAGUGAUACUCGAAUGUUACAGACAACUGAAAACUAACUAAGUGUUCAACAAAAAACGAGAAAGUAUGAAUUCUGCUCAUCUUAUCGUGGUUCUACUGUUACAAUGGAUCACAGCAACACACGAACAGCAACCCAACCAUCCAAAUUUGUAUUUUUCUUCUAAGGAUAUAGAUCGUCUACGGCAACAAGCGCUAACAACGCACCGCGACAUUUUCGCUCGCUUGAAGGAGGCAGCCGAAGAAAUGAAGAAAAAACCGUCGAGGUUCCUUCCUCCACGUGAUUGGAACGAAUUCGCUGGCAGAUGGAACGAACAUCACGGAAAUAACUUUGGCGCUCUAGCAAUGUACUGUGUCUUAAACGACAAUGAUCUCUUAGCUAGAGAUGUUGCCAUGCAGUUCUUUGACGCAUUUGUCUCCUUACCCAACUGGCGUGUAAGCGCUUCCAUGGUAGAUGAUGUUCCAGUGGCACAUAGCUUGGUUGCUGUAGCAACGGCUUACGACUUUAUGUACGAGCAUCUUAAUGACACCCUUCGAUCAAAAGUCCUUCAAAAGGUGUCAGAGGUUAGCAAGGAGCUUUACGAAAGAUCAUUUAAGCUUUCUUGGGGCACACAGUAUAUUCAAAAUCACGUUGCAACUAAUUACGUCGCUUUUUUCACUGGUGCCUUAGUCGUUGAAAACCACAACAAAGAAGCGACAAUUUGGAAGGAAAGAGCUCAUCUCAUGCUCAACAGAACGAUGUUUCUUCUAAGCCAUGUUGUAGAUGGUUCCAUGGAGGAAGGAGUUGCUUAUGGCUCGUACACCUCACGGUCUUUGACUCAGUACAUUUUCCUGGUCAAGCGACAUCUUGGUCUUGAUUUGACAAACAACAUUUGGCUGCGACAACACUUUUGGUUCCUUUACCGCACCAUUCUUCCAGGUUUUACAGAGACGGUCGGCAUUGCUGAUUCAAACUCCAAUUGGUUUUACGGCCCCGAAAGUCAACUCGUUUUCUUGGAUAAUUUUGUCAUGAGAAAUGGUUACGGAAACUGGCUGGCAAGUAAUAUUCGUGGGUUACGAUUGGAGGAUCCUCAAAUGAAGGGCAGCUUUGGGCAUCGCUUCUGCACACUACACACUGAAUUCUUAUUCUUCGAUGCAAGCAUUCCCGAGAAAGAACCACCUAAUGCAUACAUACCUCAGCUACAUGUUUUCCAAGACUGGGGUGUCGUUACUUAUGGAGGUGGCACUCUAGAUAAGGACGGGCAGAGCAGUACCUUCCUCUCGUUCAAGUCCAGCGUUCUGCAUGGCAGGGCAGUGAACGAAAUUGUUAGACGGAAACCUUAUGACUGGAUAUCAGGAUGGCGUAAUUUCAAUCCGGGCCACGAACACCCGGACCAAGGUUCCUUUGUAUUUGCACCCAAUGGGGUUCCUUUCAUCACCGAGGCCCUUUAUGGACCAAAAUACACUUGGCUUAACAAUGUACUCUUAUUUGGACCAACAACCAAGCCCACUUGUUCUGGGCCCUUUGAAGGCCAAAUUGGAGACUGUGAAAAAUGGCUGAAUUACAAAGACGAAAGAAUAUGGCUUGCUGACGCUGGUAUUGUUGCUUCCUCACAAUCUGAGGAAGUUGUUUUCAUAAGUGGCGAAAUGUCCGGAUGGUACAAUUCUUCCCUUGGACUUACAAGUGUGUAUCGUGCUCUUCUUCUGUUAAGACCUGGGGUUCUUUUAGUAGUUGAUCAUAUUGAAACGAGAGUGGAAAGCCCAUCUCGAUACGUUGGAACGUUUUUUCAUAACAAAGAUUCGCCCUUUGAGCUACAAGAAGACAAAGAUGGGGAAGCAUCUGGCUCAAUUACUUUGUAUGGUGAAAAGUACCUAGUUCUCUUCGGCGACUCUCAUAGGGGACACAGCAUUGUACAUUCCCAACACACAGAAAAUCGUGCAGAAAGUGGACUUAGAAAGACUUACUUCCUCAACAUCACAACAAAGUUAAAGCAGAAGCAGACGAGAUUGGCGUAUGUUUUUGUCGCACCCGGAAAUAAAGUGACGGUCCCUCAAGUACAAGACGAUGAAAUUGGCGUGCAGGUGUCUUUAGAAAUCAAUGGCCUCUCGUAUCUUGUUUCCAUUGCCACAAAAUACAAUUCCUUGCAGACAAGGCGCGCUUUUCUCGGUUUUGAUGGCUUUGCAAGUGUUAAAGUUAAUUCCAAGUGUGUAAUGCAGUUUGGAAUAAACGAGAUGUCAACUCGUGGUAUAUUAAAGCGGGACAGUUGUCGAGUAUAUAGUUUCACGAUGACUCUUUUUAUUCUGUUUGGAUUGAUCGUUUGCUUUGCUGUAUUUAACUUUGUAAUCUUAUCAGGAUCCCGUAGAGGUGGUUUCAAAUGCAUUCGAGGCAUCUUCACGCCUGUUUUCAUCUUUGGACUGAUCUUAAUUUGGUCCAUUGUGUCAGUCUUUUCGAAUAAGGUACGUUAAAACUGACGAGCAGUCAGUACCUCGCACUACCAUUUUGAGGUUACAUAAUGCUAUUUCGAAUUCUUUCGCUAGCGAGUAGAUUUGUCUUAACUGCAGAAUACGGUGCCACUUGAGCACAUUCAGUACUGCGCAUUGCUCGUUCAUUAAAAGUAUGUGCUCAAGUAGAAUCGAUCACAGUUGAGGCGGGUUAUUCUGCAGUUCCUUUGCAAAACUUUUAAGUAACUUUAAGCUCCUUUAACCAUUUAACCGAUAACAAGAGAGAAUGAUCUAGGUGAAAAACCCUUUUGCCCUAAGAUAAACUUUUUGAAUUAUAUCAUUAGUUUCCUAAUAAGAGAUGCCAGAGUUUUAAAUAAACAUCUGGUGAUACUCGCUAUAUUAAUCACGUAACUUCGUAGCCCGUGGCAACAUCCAGAUUUUACGCCUACAGAAAAACGAAUUUUGCCGAAUUCCGCCGAAGUUAUCACGGUCUGUGGCAAAGGCUUGUACGUGGAAAUCCAUCUCCUAGAUCAUGCUUUCUUCACCAUAAAACGAAAUACUACAGAAAUAUAUGGAGAAUAAUAGAUGGGCGCGCGUAGAUAUGGAAUUUCUCUUCGAUUGUACUGUUCAACUCGAUAUUUUACGAGUGAGCGCAGCGAACGAGUGAGAUGUAAAGUUGAACAUAAAAAGACAAAUUUCAUAUCUACAAGCAACCAUGCAUUAUUUUGUUUAUUACAUAAACAUACUAAUGAUGACUUUUUUGGCGAUUUUCCCACGAUUUCCGAACACUGUCCGAAGAUUUCCGAAGAUUCUCCAAAAAUUGUCCGAAGGCCACACAAACGUUUCUGAACAUUUUCCGAUCGACAAUAUCAGGUCAAAAGAUUAUGAUCUGUAUAUAAUCUCUUGAUCAGGUUUAUCAGUUCGUCAAUGAGACCCUAUUAGGGGUUUUCAGGAUACCGGAUAUUUGGGUAAUCAAUUAACAGGAUACACGAAAUUUAGGGGAAAAAUUAAUGGGGUAGAGCA